UGAAUAAUUUCACUGUAGCACAAUUGAAGGAGAUGAGGGAAGGUAUCUAACAGUUUUUAAGUCUAGAACAGUAAAUAAUAAUUCAACAAUAUCAAUGACGAAUUUUUUUCUUAAGCGAUAUUAUCGAGAGAAACGAUUAAGCGUUCCGGCGGAUAUUGUUCAAUACAGUUACAUAGUUCAAGAUUCAAUUUGUUACUUAGAUUUAGAAAUAUCCAAAUUUUCCACUUUUCCGAAUUACUCUACGAAUAACUCAACAGACACUGUAUCAAGAGGUGUGAUAAGCACAGAAGAGAAAUGUCGGAAAACUCUUGAAAAAAGCAGAUACCUUCUCUACAAUCUGCAUUUGGACUUGGCCAAAGGAAAAGAAUGGAAUUUAAAGGAGUGCUUGCAGAAUGAGAAUUUAUGGUUCAAUUCUUCUUUCCCUCUCAUGUCCAGAAUAUGUAUAGCAGAGGAAUUUUAUGACAAUCUUCUGUACCGAUUGAUCGAAUACGCUGUCAAGUACACUAAUCAUAAAAUAAGAGUUUUAAAAUGGUUUUUAAAACAUUUCGCAACAAAAACCUUGUUUGAAGUUCCAGCUUAUAUUAUUAAUUAUUUCGUAGAGUGCAUGCAUCCUGGAUUCAACGACUCGGAAUUCGCGAAUGAUUGCUUCAGAAAACUGAAUUUUAGAAAUUGGAUGCUUUUCUUUGAAAGGCCUGAUGGUGUUGGAAAUUUGCUUUAUCAAAUCCACCUGUUAGGCCGGAAACGAGAACAUAUUCGAUGGAGUUAUUUCUUCAUAGAACGAUGUCUUGUACAUCCGUCUCUCCUGUACGUUAAUGAUGUUUUAAAGUUUAGUGACGCUCUUAGCUUCCGCAGUAACAUACAUAAUUAUUUGCUACGCAGAGUUUUAAGAAAUUUUCGUAGUUGGAGCAGACAACAAUUUUCAAGAAAUUUGAGAGAAAAGAGAAGGAUGAGUUGGAGAACUCGACAAAGAACUAGUCUGCUGCUGCAAUUGUUUUGGAUUCACCAGAACAUUUUUGAAACCAAUACUGCCGCGUCUGAAGCCUUGCGUUUGGUGUGGAAUUCAGUACCUGAUGCUCAUUUGAGUAGUGAAGAAAUCAAUGAUAUUUUCAAAAAUAUAUUAAACUCGAAUGAGAUUGUUAAUCUUUACAAGUUUUAUUCUGAAGCUGUUUGUGAGUUCCAUGCAGUUGUUGAGCCACGAUCACUGAAGCAUUAUUGCAGGAUUUCCAUACGAAAGAGCCUCUGUAGAAACAAGCAGUGGAUUCCGGAAGGUGUCCAGAGAAUUGGUUUACCAGUAAAACUCCAGUCUUUUUUAAAACUUGAAUAUUAGCUGUUUCCUUUUUAAAAUAUUUGA